AUGGCUGUCAAGUACAUCAGCAGCACAAACUUCUUCCAGGCGGAAGUCUUUUCUAGCUGGGGAGCCCAGAAGCGUAUCACCACAGAGGCAGAUCUCCUUCGCGCUGCAAGUGCGCGGUAUCCUCAUUACGUCCUGACAAUGGCGCCCGACCUGAUUCUCUGCCUGAUUGCGGCGAUCGACUUGAGGUCUGAGGUCUACGGGGAGCCGACUGGACGGGGAAUCACCAUCAUCGGUGACUUCCAUGUCUUUCACCACUUGCGGUCGGCGAUCGAGCUGGGCGAAACGAUCUCUUGGGACAAGGGAUCACGAGGCCAGCUCCUCAUGCUUGGACGAAGAAGCGAUCAGGAGCCACUACCUGUUGAUCUGCCUGUUCUCAAGUCAAGCACGGCACAGAUGAAACAGCGCGAGAAGGUCCCUGAAGCCGUUCCCGAGCCGCACCCAGCAAACGACAUCAACAUCGAACAUGCACCAAACGAUUUCAUGCAGCCAUACCCUUUCCGACCGACUCUUCAAUUUGCACCGACUACGAAGGUGAUCACGGCAGAAGAAUGGGACCGGCGAAAUGCCCAUUGGCUUGAUAAGCUGAUAGACCCGGAAAGCACGAAAGAAGUGUUUGGGUCAACGAUCGAGACAGAGGUCACGGAGGAGCUCUUCCCGCUUAUCUCCAAGGCCCGACGCAAUAUUCUCUACCGAUGGGCAAAGUCAGAGGACUUUGACCUUGACUUGAGAUUACUUACGGCCCCUAUCCUCUCCCAGGUUGAGGUGCCUGACAACGCAAGCCAAGGUAUCCUUAACGUAGAGACCGACACAGCCCGACGAUCAAUCCGAGCUAUCGAGACCGCCGCUUUAAGCCUGCCAAAGGCUUACCAGAAAACAGCUGCUCUGAUCAAGCAGCAUACAGACCGACUGUUUGCUUGCCGAGACCAAGAGAUGGAUAACCAGGCUCUUGUGGCACAAAGCGCAGCCAGUCGGCGAGAGUCUUUGUCUGUCACUUCAGCAGUUACAAACGCCGCUACCGAGACUCUAUCUCGGUCCUAG